UGCCCAUCUUGGGUCAGCUUCUACAAUGUUCGCCUCAAUGUGGUCAUUCUUAGGCUGGAAAGAAGAAGAGCCAGUAAUACAAAGUUACCCACCCGUUACCAUUGUUGGUGCCAGGAUCCCAGCCGACGGCACUCCCGCCCACCUCCUCCCGCUUACCACAAUAAGUGACUCCUCAGCUCCAGACAGCUUCCUCCUCCACGUUCCUGACCUGCGCUCCUAUUGGAUGUCGGAACAAGCAUGGCGAUUACGUGACCUCCAUAGAUUUCACCUACAGAAAGAUGGUUGUGUCCCGCUCUCGCAGCAUUGCAUGCAAACGGAUGACUUCAAAAGCCUUCUUUGUAUGUCACAACGCCUUAGUCGCGAGCAGAUACUUCAUCUCCGGCAACGAUAUCUUCUUCCUCAGCAGCGCUUCUUUGUACAACAACAUAACACUUAUCAUUACUGUCUGGGGACCUAUUACGUCUUCUGUUCUUUUGCAGUCGACGAUCUGCCAGUCAACAAAUUCGUCCCUCGUUGGAUUGAGGAAGAUGCUCACUCCCCCUACCGUUAUUUUGGAGAUGUUUUUGUGGUGAAAAUCAGUCCGGAUGAGGUUGGGCAGGACGGCCGGGCUGUUUAUGAAGACGUAGAUCCGCUGUUUCUGGAUUUCCUGGUUGAUGAUGCUGCCUGUUCAAAGACACUCAUUCCCUUGCUUCACCGACGAGAGGGACAGAAGAUGAUUGGAAGUCUCAACAUUUUUUAAAUACACAGAGGACAGUGAAAUUACAUGAGGUAUUGCGGAGUGUUCAUCAAGUCAGUAGUCUGAUUGUUAUGUAGUGUGCCAUAGUUCGGCAGUUUCAAUAUACAGCUUUAGCUCUCAGUACCUAGAUCUACAUCUU